GUCUCACGAGUCUGAUCAAAUAUUUCGUUAUCAACAAUGUAAGACACGGACGGGUGUCGCCGCUGUGCGCGGCACAGCGCUGCUCGGUGCGGAGAGUAAACCGAGACUGUCUCAGUGCUCCCCUCUGCUCCGCGCUCCGGGUUUGCGACUGUGGGUUCGGCCUCACUGAAAGCGCUGCUUGGGUAGACUGAACUUGACUUCAGCUUCCUGGCUGUGAACAUACUGAAUGCCUGUGUUACCAGAACAGAGGGGUUUCUCUGAUACACCAUGUGCAAAUAGUUUUAAUUAUUAACCCUGGAAUAGGUGAUGUUUCUGUUCUGAAGCAAGUGCAGAGCGCAGUUUUCACCAUUUUGAAGUAUGGAAUUAGCCUUAAUGCAAACAGCCGUUGUAACAGUAGAAGUAGCUCUCUCUGUGUCGCUGGUCACUGGUCAUGCAAAGGUGUGUUACUGGUCUUGCACACAAAGGUACUUCACUGCUCAGGACCUAAGCUUUCAGGGUUGAGUUUUUUGGACUGUUUGGUUGGUUGUAGGGCCAUCAGUAGUUUCAGGUAGUUCUACAAGACAUUGCCAGCAUUAGUGUUUUAAAAUGCCAGCUGUGUGUAUUCUUAGAAGUCAUGAUCCUGCACUUACUUGACCUGGCUUGGCUAGGCUGUGGGUCUCUAAGCUGGAUCAUGCUUGCAGGCGUUGUGUGUGCUGGACUAACCUGAAUUCCUGCUAUCAGCAAAAUGCUGAGCCGUGUUCCUGUCCCCUCAGCCCGCCACUGCAGAGAAUGCACCUGCAUCUGCACCUUUUGUUUAAAAACUGAAAUGAAACAAAACCCUGACAUGCAAACCCACUCUUUCAUUGGUUAAUGCCACACUGAGUACAACCUUAAUACAAGACCUAAUCAGACCCUCCCUCUUAAAUGUCUGGUACCCCAGAAGCAGGGCACAAGAAUCUCUUUACUUUGUGAGCACUCUUAUCUGAACAGCACUGGAAUGAUCUGUUGGAUAACCGGAAAACAAUUUACUAUCUUGUUUCUUAUCACUAAUACAGGGCAGUCUAGGGAGCAGAAUCAGUCCCAGGCCAUCAGAGGCAAGGUCUGUGGCUCCAUUUAGGGUUGUGUGUCAGCAGAUUCAGAUUGCUGAUUGGGUAAUUACAGUAACCUUUGGUAUGACUGUGCCGCAGAUCACAGCUGCCCUUCUUGGAAAUGCAGCAGGAAAGUCUUUAGCUGCAGUGGCUGGCAUGUACUUCCUCCUGCAUCUGUGACAGGACUACCAAGCCUGUAUAUUCUGACUCAAAGCCAGAAUCAUCCUUACCUUUUGCGUGCAUGUGCCAGAGCCGCAGUAAUGCUCUUGUCUCCCUUGGAUGACACGGUCAGCAGCAUUAACUCAACACUGAGUUUUCUUGCUAUGUUUAGUGGGAGAUGAGGCCCAUAGCACUCUCAGCAGCUGGGAACUGGGCAAAACGUACGGCUUGCAUGAGCAGUUAGCUCAGCAGUCAGUGAGGACAGAACCAUUGGCAUGCUGUGGUUGGUGUGAAAAGUGUGUGCUGUGCAGGAACCCGUAGGAGUUCCAUAAUGGCAAUUGCCACCCUCCUGGGGUAUGAGCCCCAUGCCAGUUCAACACUAGAGCUGGCUCAGGUGUGGUGGGUAAAUUUCCUGUCGCUGUCCUUAGAUACCAGAAUAGAGCUCCACUUGCCUGUGUCCAUUUUAGAGCAACAGUCUGAGUUUUUGGUGCCUUAGUUACGCCUGUAGCUAAAAGUUCUGUUUCAUCAAAAAUCUAUAGUUGCUCGGCAUAAAUCUAUGGUAAGACAUCUGCUUUUCAGAAAAACUAGAAAAAGGUUCCAGUUAACCCUUUCCUCACACUUGAAAUCAUGAGGCUUUCCUUAUUAACAUCAUGGGCAUGCCUGUACUAUUAGUGACUGUCAGCUUGAGUGAGGCUGUGAGUUUUUACCUGAUGUGAGUCUGGUGUAUCAUGGCUUUGAAACAGAGCUAUAGAGCAAGGAAGAGGCUUUUUCUCUGGAAUAGGAGGAGAAAUAUGGAGAAGUUGUUGCUUUCUGAGUCCUAGGGCAAAGGUUUUCCUCCGAUUUGAUCUGUUUGUUUUUUUUUCCAGGAGGGAGGGGAGAGUAGGGGAUUGGAGAAAAUAACCCUCCUCCUCCUUUUGCAUGGUUUGCUUCACUUCAUUAAAUCACCAGCCAUCAAGCUGAUAGUGUACCUGCUGAGGGCUCAUUCUGCACUGAUGUGCUGAGGCAGCAGGACACAGGCAUGAAAAUAGUUCCUGAGUAUGCUGGGAGUCCUACUCUUGUCCUCCUCUGGAGAUAGCAGGGCUAUGUGGAGUGCACAGUAAAUACCUCUAUAGCCUGGUCUGCCAGUACUGUUCCUCCCACUAGCAGCGAACACUGAUGGUGAGUAUCAGCUCUGACUUUGGCUGAUUAAGACCUUUCAGUGCCAGAUGUGUGCUGUGCUUUGAGGAUUUUGUGGGAGCAGCAGCGCUGGGCUCAGUGCACGGGACUAAGAUGGAGGAGGUCAUCCUUGGUGUGGUAUGUACAAAGUCCAGGUUUGCCGUGUCCCCGCUGUGGUUUCUGUUGGGUCGAUGUCCACUCCCACAGUGGAUCCAGCAGGAUGGCUAAUGGGCUUAUGGGCAGCCAGUGCCUGGUAGUGUGGCUGCAGGUCCUUGUCUGAUGUACUUCUGCUCCAGUGCUUUCUCUGAACACUUACCUGUUAGAUUUCCUGCCCCUUCUGGCACCAUGCUGCCUUUCUGCCUGGAGGCCUGCAUUAUUCUACCCUUAUUUCCAAGUGGAUUCCACAAGCAACUGGAUUGCUCUGUCUUUUGCAUUUCCCACCCUGCUCAGAUGAAUUAAGGCAAUCUUCUGUUGUGUUCCCAGUGAGGGGAUUCUUUCCUGCCCUGAUGCCAUGCUGGCAGCAGGCUGAUGGCUUUGGGAUGUGCCUUCUAUUGCUGCUGGAGGACUAGGAACUGACAGCUCUAUGUGGCAAUGCAGUCUUCUGCUAUGUCCUGGCUGUAAGGGAAAGCAUCACUGAAGAGGAGGAAACUCAGUAACUCCUAAUCUAGGGAAUGCUGGAAAUCAUGUGAGAACAUGAGAUGAAACAGCAGAGAGUGUCUCAUGUCCAGUUUUAAGAAGUACUUAAUAACAUGAAGUAUUCACAAUUUCCUCUCCUCAACAUUGCCCUAAUGCAGGAGGAAUGCUUUUAGCUACUUUAUAAUUAGGAAAAGCACAGUGAAAGACACCUGCUUGACACUGUGGGUGGAGCUUAGGUCAACGGUGAACAGCUGUGUCCUUGGCAUGUACAGGUCAGCUGAAUGGUGUGUUCAGACUCUGUCCCGUCUGGGGCUGGCAGUGCUCUUGUAGGUGACCGUGGAGAACAUGCUCCUUUCCUGGCAUUUCUAACUCGUAGCAUAUAUUCAGCAGAUGGUCGGUGGAGGUGAUUGUUCCACUGUACUCUGCACUGGUCAUAGCACUAAGCCUGUCUAAGUUCAGGAAGCCUGUGGACAAUGUCCUCAGGCACAUGGUGGGGUUCCUGGGCUGUCUGUACAGGACCAGGAGCUGGACUCAAUCUUGAUGGAUCCCGUCCAGCUUGGUGUAUUCUGUGAUUCUAUGCCAGCUUGCAAACCCAGACACCCUGACCUGCAACCCAAACUGUUGCUGAUGUUCCCUCUGUGUCCUUUUUCCCUGCCAUAGAGUUUUCACUUGUUUUUUCUCCUCCCAGAAAAACCUGCACCUCUCAAACUGUUCUCUCUGUUACUGUAGGUCUUCUUGAGCUGAAAGGAUGAAAAUUGUCGAUUGGAAAAUCACUGUCACUGACCUGAGCUUUAUCCUGACUUCUGGAGUCCCAGUUGAUGUCGUUGGGCAUAUGAGUCUGCAAGAGUGUCCCCUGUCCAUGAUUUAGGCAGCAGCUGGACAUGCAUCACUAGCGGGAUGGUCGGCCACCAAAGCUGCAAUGUCGUCCCUGACGACCUCCAGUGAAGGAGAGAACUCUACUCCCAGCCACCAGAACGGCAGAUCGUGGUGGGAAUCUGUGCCAUGACCAAAAAGUCCAAGUCGAAGCCCAUGACACAGAUUCUGGAACGUCUGUGCAAGUUCGAGUACAUCACAGUGGUGAUCAUGGGGGAAGAUGUUAUUCUGAAUGAACCAGUGGAGAACUGGCCCUCUUGUGACUGCCUGAUAUCCUUCCACUCGAAAGGAUUCCCCCUGGAUAAGGCAGUUGCCUAUGCCAAGCUGUGCAAGCCAUUUCUCAUCAACGACCUUGAUAUGCAGUAUUACAUCCAGGACAGGCGUGAAGUGUAUCGAAUCCUUCAAGAAGAGGGAAUAGACCUGCCCCGUUAUGCUGUGCUCAAUCGAGAUCCUGACAGACCAGAAGAGUGCAACUUGGUGGAAGGAGAGGACCAUGUGGAGGUAAACGGAGCCGUUUUCCCAAAGCCAUUUGUAGAGAAGCCCGUCAGUGCUGAAGACCACAAUGUGUAUAUUUACUACCCGACGUCAGCAGGUGGGGGCAGCCAGCGGCUCUUCCGUAAGAUUGGCAGUCGGAGCAGUGUGUACUCCCCAGAGAGCAGUGUGAGGAAGACAGGCUCCUACAUUUAUGAAGAGUUCAUGCCUACGGAUGGCACUGAUGUAAAGGUGUACACUGUUGGGCCGGACUAUGCCCAUGCAGAGGCUCGCAAGUCCCCUGCUUUGGAUGGGAAAGUGGAACGGGACAGUGAAGGGAAGGAAAUUCGUUACCCAGUCAUGCUGACUGCCAUGGAGAAACUCGUUGCCCGUAAAGUCUGUGUAGCCUUUAAGCAAACCGUGUGCGGGUUUGACCUCCUGCGGGCCAACGGCCACUCCUUUGUUUGCGAUGUGAACGGCUUCAGCUUUGUGAAGAACUCCAUGAAGUAUUAUGAUGACUGUGCCAAAAUCCUUGGAAAUAUAAUCAUGAGGGAGUUGGCUCCCCAGUUUCAUAUCCCCUGGUCCAUCCCAACGGAGGCAGAAGACAUCCCCAUUGUCCCCACAACUUCAGGCACCAUGAUGGAGCUUCGCUGUGUUAUUGCAGUCAUCCGUCACGGAGAUCGCACCCCAAAGCAGAAGAUGAAGAUGGAAGUGAAACAUGCUCGGUUCUUUGAAUUAUUUGAGAAAUAUGAUGGUUACAAGACAGGGAAGUUGAAGCUGAAGAAACCAGAGCAGCUACAGGAAGUGCUGGACAUUGCACGGCAGCUUGUGGUGGAGCUAGGAACUCACAGUGAUUGUGAAAUCGAGGAGAGGAAAUCCAAACUGGAACAGCUGAAGAGUGUCUUGGAGAUGUAUGGACAUUUUUCUGGCAUUAACCGUAAGGUUCAGUUGACUUAUCUGCCUCAUGGACAUCCAAAAGCUGCGAGUGAAGAUGAAGGAGCUCGCCGAGAGUCCUCCCCCUCCCUUCUCCUGGUGCUUAAGUGGGGUGGAGAGCUGACCCCAGCAGGAAGGGUCCAGGCUGAGGAGCUGGGGCGGGCCUUUCGCUGCAUGUAUCCCGGGGGCCAAGGCGAUUAUGCUGGUUUCCCUGGAUGUGGCUUGCUCAGGCUGCACAGCACUUACCGCCAUGAUCUCAAGAUCUACGCUUCAGACGAGGGGAGAGUUCAGAUGACAGCAGCAGCUUUUGCGAAGGGUCUGCUGGCCCUGGAAGGAGAGCUGACCCCCAUCCUGGUGCAGAUGGUGAAAAGUGCAAACAUGAAUGGUCUGCUGGACAGUGACAGUGAUUCCCUUAGCAGCUGUCAACACAGAGUGAAGGCGCGACUACGUGAAAUCAUGCAGAAGGAUGCUGAGUUCUGUGAAGAGGAUUAUGAAAAGCUAGCACCUACAGGCAGUGCUUCUCUGCUCAACUCCAUGACCUUUAUCCAGAACCCAGUUGAGGUCUGUAACCAGGUGUUCACCCUGAUUGAGAAUCUCACCUCCCAGAUACGGAAACGUCUCGAAGACCCAAAAUCUGCAGACCUGCAGCUGUACCACAGUGAGACUUUGGAACUGAUGCUGCAACGCUGGAGUAAGCUGGAGCGAGAUUUUCGCAUGAAGAAUGGGCGCUAUGACAUCAGCAAGAUCCCUGAUAUAUAUGACUGCAUCAAGUAUGAUGUACAGCACAACUGUGCACUGAAACUGGAAGGCACAACUGAACUCUUCAAGCUCUCCAAAGCCCUGGCAGAUGUGAUCAUACCCCAGGAAUAUGGGAUUAAUAAGGAGGAGAAACUGGAGAUUGCUAUUGGCUUUUGUCUUCCUCUCAUUAAAAAGAUCCAGCUGGACCUACAGAGAACUCACGAAGAUGAGUCUGUCAACAAACUACAUCCAUUGUACUCAAGAGGAGUUCUGUCACCAGGUCGCCAUGUUCGAACACGGCUGUACUUCACCAGUGAGAGCCAUGUGCACUCCCUGCUCAGUAUCUUCCGCUAUGGGGGGUUACUGGAUGAAAACAAAGACCAGCAGUGGAAGAGAGCCAUGGACUAUUUGAGUGCUAUCUCAGAGCUGAACUACAUGACCCAGAUUGUUAUCAUGCUCUACGAGGACAACAACAAGGACCCCUCUUCAGAGGAGCGUUUCCAUGUGGAGCUGCAUUUCAGCCCUGGCGUCAAAGGCUGCGAGGAGGACAGAAACAUACCCACAGGGUUUGGCUUUCGGCCGGCCUCAGCAGAGAACGAGGACAAGAAGGCAGACCAAGGCAGCCUAGAGGACCUCUCGAACGAGAAGGGCAGCGAUGAGCCAGACCGCGCUCGGCAGAAGUCCCCACAGCCCUCGGAGCCGGUCAGCGUCCAGCGGAGGUCACCACUGGUCAGGAACCGGAAGACGGGAUCCAUGGAGGUGCUGUCUGAAUCUUCUUCUAAAUCAGGAGGUUAUCGCCUCUUCAGCACUUAUUCCAGGCAGUCUUCUGAGAUGAAGCAAAGUGGAUUAGGGUCACAGUGCACCGGGCUGUUUAGCACCACUGUGCUGGGAGGCUCCUCCAGUGCCCCCAACCUCCAGGACUACGCACGCAGCCAUGGCAAAAAGUUUGCCAGCAGCCUGACAUACAAAGACGAGCUCUUGUCUAUGCCAGCCGUAAAACGAUUUUCUGUGUCGUUUGCAAAGCAUCCGACUAAUGAUGUGUUGGAGCACCAGCACGUUGCCCAGUUGCUACGGCGUUUUUCCUCUGACUGUGCCGCGAGCCGGACCAUCUCCUUGGAUGCCACCCUAGCCCAUCACCUGCAGCAGUGCUCCUACCACCUGCGCCUCUUCAGGAGCUGGCUGAUCUCAGGGCAGGAUGACUUGGAGUGUCUUUACGGUUUUGAAGGCUGUUCCAUGGUUCCUACCAUUUAUCCCCUGGAGACCCUGCACAACUCCCUCUCUUUGCGGCAGGUCAACGAGUUCCUGACAGCUGUGUGCAGGAGUUGCAGCGAAUCACAUGUCCAGUCCACUGCAGCUUUGUUUGAUUCAAUGAUUGGUAGCCAGAUACCUGGAGACCCCUUUAUGUCCCAGCGAAUCCUGUCAUCAUCAUCCUUGCCAUUGCGCCAGCGUGCGGAUAAGCCUCCUUGGUACAGCAGUGGCCCCUCCAGUACUGUCUCCAGUGCAGGCCCAUCCUCCCCAACUUCUGUGGACAACUGUGCUCAUUUCAGCUUCACUGAGAAGCUUUCCAUCAGCCCCCCAAAAAGUGGGGAGCAACUGACUAGCCGGUCCCCUGAGCAGGAAGAGAGUCAAGCUCCAGGCAGAGGGCUUGACAUGCAGGGAGGCAUGUCUGGGCUGUCAGUAGCAGAGCCAAGUGCCCCAGAGACCUUGAUCUGGCCCCUUGAUAAGGGCCCAGAGCCAGGCAGGAUCCUGGAGCUGUGCAAGAAGGAGCUGGCAGGGGAGGAUGCUAACCCAGAAGAGAAGAGCAUGGGGGAGCUGGAUGAAGAAAAAUUAUCUGGGGAAAUGGUAGAGCCAAGUAACAUUGGAAACCCAAAGUGUGGUGAAGGAUUUGAACUGAGGCUGGUUGGGGAGACAGCAAAGCAAGGUGAGGGGUCUAUCAGGAGAAUGACUGGCCUGGAUCAGUCUGGGCUGUCCAAAGAGAUCCUAGUGCCCUGUGAAGAGGAGCUGCUGGGAGAGGUGUUGAAGCAUACAGGCAAGGAGCUGCUGGGGGACAGUGCUCUGUCAGACCAGCUCCUCUCUGGUCACCUGUGCCAAGUACAGCCACUGCCUCCUGAGAAGAACGUAGAGGAACUGCAGCUGGUGUGUCAGAAGGAUCAGCAAAAUUAGUGGCUUACUGGACAGCACACUGCAAGCACUUCUAGCUUGAAAGCAGCCCGACUUCCUGCAUGGCACCUCACACAGCUGGCAGUCUGUAGCAAAGAAGAAGCCACGGCCCAGGGCCACACUCUGUGGUGUGGAAGAGACUGCUUUCCUCCUCCACAAGCCAGCUCUUUGCCAUUCUGCAAGAAUGUUUGCCUCAUUAAAUGAACAACAAUGCAGUCUUGGUACUGGCAUGGCACCUCCAUGGAGCAGGGACAUAGUGCUGCACUGGUGUCCCAAGGGCUCAGUGGGACAGCAGCAUCAGAGGACUGGUACAGCCAAGGCUUUUAGGGCGGUAAGUCCAAAGGGGACAGAUCCUGCCUCGUGACUUUUUGGCCCUCAGCCUUCAGAGAAAGGCAUUCUGGGUCCAAAUGAAUCAGAUCCAUCACAACCACGAACCUCCUCUCUGUUCCUUCCUUCUUCGUCUCUCAAUUCCCACUGUUGGCCACCAAAAUCAGGUCCAGAGAGUCCAUGGCAGGAAAUCUAGCAGAAGCAGAAAGCAUUCUGAAUGAGUGUGAAAAUGAAGGGUAGUGAGUGCAUCAGUUUGACUGCCACUUGCAAGGAAACAUCCCUUUGGUGUGGCCUUGGAUGUUUCCCUGCUGGGCUGGGACAGGCAGGAGCCUGGGGAUCCUGAGAGAGGCGAGCAGGGAGACACACACAGGAUUUUUUUCUCGUCCCAAAUGAUCAGGCAGAGUACAGCUCUGAAGUCUUGGUGACAGGGAUUAAAAGAAACUGCUAUUUUGACAAUUCAGGACUAUUAGAAACCAAUAAGGAGAAAUCUUUAUUAUAUAUAAAAUGAAAAGUAUUUAAUGGCUAUUUAUGUAAAUGCCUUGUGAGCACAAGCCUGAGGGCAAGAUUGAUACGGGUGUCCCUGCCGCAUCCUGAGUGCCGGCCAGGGCUGUGCUUCCUACUCCUCCUGUAUUUAUGGACAAGUCUGCGUGUCUGUCUGUAGCUAGGAUCUGUGUUUUUGUGAAGCUGUGCCCAAAGAUCUCUAUGCUGUGUUGUGACAAUUUGUGUUCACAGUAAAUCUAUGCUGUGGGUCCAGUGUCUCUCUGUCUCUGAUGCUGACUUGGCAGCAGUGUGUAUGUGCCAAAGCUUGCAGGUGCCUGUAACAGUAAGCUCAUGCUCUGUUGUCCUGGAAGAGCAGUUGUAGCUGGAGUCAGACCUGGAAUAAAUGCACAGGCUCCAGGCCAGGAAAGUGCACAGGCUCCAGGCCUUU